AAUAUUAGGUUCACAACUUCACAGUAUUCACACCCUAAAAAGAACAAACAACCUCAAAUUGUAGAGGAGAGGAGCAUAAUUUAUUAAAUUAAUUUGUCCUAUUUACGUUUUUCAUUUCCUCGUUAUUGCUACUGCGGAAAAAAAUUUGCGCGAUAAGAAAUUUUCCAAAGUUGAUAAGAGGAACAAACUGUUAUGAAGUGAAUGAACGAUAAAGAAAUUAAGGAACUGGUCUGGAGAAAAUGUAAACACAUAGGCAAUAAACAGUGCCUUCAAGAAGAAAAAUAUUGUUUAAAGUUGAAGUGUAGUGUUAAGAAAAUCAUUUUUUCCGAGGGAAAGACGUUGUUGAAUGAUUGAAAGAGAAGAAUAAGGUUAGUUUGAACCGAUGAUGGAUUCGACAAACGUUAAUGCUGGUGGUCUUUCACAUAGUAAUGACGGUUUUUUGAGCAUUCCACAUGAAUCUGAUGCUCUGGGUACAAAAAGAAGAAGUUCUUCGCGGACAAUAAAAAGGAGAAAAUUUGAUGAUGAGUUGGUAGAAACGACUUUUAAUCUUCAGCCACCGACUCCGAAUCCAAAAUCGUCUUCAAGGUCGCGUACAGUAUCAGUUUCUACUGGUCCUUUGGAUAUCGCACCUCCUCAAGCUUUGCCAAGUCCUAUACCAGUUUCUACUCCAUUACCUCAACCAGAACGUGUCAAUCGGAGGCCGAGUAGACCGAGUGGCUCGUCUUCAUCUAGUAGGAAAAAUAAGAAUAAAAAGAAUCAUUCACAUUCGGCUAAUGCUACCAAAGAUUUGGGAAGAUGGAAACCAACUGACGAUUUGGCUUUAAUUACUGGAGUGCAACAAACCAACGAUUUGAGAAUGGUUCACAGAGGAACAAAGUUUUCGUGUCGUUUCACUCUCCAAGAAAUACAACAAAGAUGGUACGCUUUAUUGUACGAUAGUGCAGUUUCUCGAAUUGCAGUUCAGGCGAUGCGAAAUUUGCAUCCUGAAUUAAUUGCAAGUGUCCAAGCAAGAACCUUGUACAGUAAAAGUGAAGAGGAUCUUCUCGGUACCAUCAAAUCUACUUCACAGCCGACAUUAGAAAUAUUUCAAGAGCUUCUGGAAUCGAACGCCCAGACUUUUUACCCGGCUAGAACAGCAAAAGCUCUUCUGGCACAUUGGCAGUUGAUGAAGCAGUAUCACCUCUUGCCAGAUCAAACCGUCCAUAAUUUACCGCGUGGAGAACACGUCCUAAGUUUUUCGGACGCAGAGGAUAUGAUCAACGACAGUGAAUUGACGGAUCAAAAGGACGAGAUGAUUGACAACGAGAUGGCUAUGGCCGAUAGGAAAAACAAAAAGGAGAUCAGAGUUCUCGAAAAUGAACUCGGCAGAUGGCAAGUCCUCGUUGAUAAUGUGACGGGGGUUAAUCCGCCGGACUUUGACAAUCAAACGCUCGCUAUUCUCAGAGGACGUUUAGUCAGAUACCUCAUGAGAUCUCGCGAGAUUACAGUGGGAAGAUCUACGAAAGAUCAUAAUGUCGAUGUUGAUCUAACCUUGGAGGGUCCAGCCUGGAAAAUUUCUCGCCGACAAGGAACGAUUCGCUUGAGGAAUAACGGCGACUUUUUUAUUUCCUCGGAAGGCAAAAGGCCCAUUUUUGUCGACAGCCGACCCAUUCUCGCAGGCAACAAAAUGAAGCUGAAUCACAAUAGUGUUGUCGAGAUCGCAGGACUUCGAUUCAUAUUUUUAAUCAACCAGGAGUUAAUUUCCGUGAUACGACAAGAGGCAGUCAAACUGAACUUGAAUCCGUGAGAUUAGUUGUAUUUGUAAAUCGACAAAACGCUUUACUAAUGUACAAAAAAAAAAAAAAAAAAAAA